UGAUAAUCUGGCCAUGUCGUCACCAUUAGCAGCUCAAACCUAUACUCUCAGCUAGGCCGUCGAAUCUCUAGCAUGCAAGCAUGCACAUAUACCGGCUGGCGGCGCUCAUAGGCGUCCUCGCACUACCAGGACGUGUCAACGCAGAUGCAUCGUCGCCUGAUACCACCCCCAUAGACCACUUCCGCCACAUCAGGCAGGCAUGCCUCAUCAAUACUGAAUGUACAUUAUUGGGACUAGGAGAAGCUGGGACACUUGAUAGUCCUUCCAAGGCCGCCGAGAAGGGUGAAGGGGAGAACUCGCCAGAAGAGCUGUUCGUUGGAGAAGUAACCGAUCAGCCCUCGAUCAUCGUUCAGAAGUAUGUUCCCGGUGAAAGCGAUUCAGCCGAGAUCCUCAGCUUUGAAGCUUGGAAGGAGAAGCAAUUUAGAGAAGCCGUAGCUUCUGGACUCGUACAUGAGAUUCAAGAGGAGGAACCUGUUCCGUCGCGAAAGGUCGAGCAUGACGAUCAGGCCACCGCGCAUCCUGCUCAACCGCAAAGCGAAGGUGGACAGGCCAAGGAGGAGACUCGAAAGGAACAGCCGAAGCAGAAGGUUGAAGAUGUAAAGAGCAAACCGAACCCCCCCAACGGUAAACAGGUCACCAACCCGCCCCAUCGGUACAACUAUGCUUCCCCCGACUGUUCCGCCCGGGUCAUCUCCUCGAGCUCGACAUCACAGCACGCCUCGUCGGUCCUACACAAGUCGAAAGACCGGUACAUGCUCACCCCAUGCAACUCCAAGGAGCACUGGGUCGUAAUUGAACUCUGUGACGAGAUUCGGAUCGAAGCGGUCGAGAUUGGAAUGUUCGAGUUCUUCUCCGGGGUAGUCAAAGAGGUCGUUCUGAGCGUCGAUGCGCUCGAGGAUGACGAGGCAGAGGGAUCGGACGAAGAUGGAGACGAAACACCCCGAAAGGGUAGCGAAUGGGAACAGGUCGCCGUCUUUGAAGCGAGAAACGUCAGGGGAUCCCAGAUGUUCAACUUGCCCAGUCCGACCUCUUUUCACCGUUUCAUCCGGCUCGACUUUCCCUCGUAUUACGGCAAAGAAUAUUAUUGCCCCAUUAGUAGCGUGAAGGCGUACGGAAUGAACCAGAUGGAGGCGUUCAAGUGGGAGUCGAAAAGGAACAAGCAGAGGGAGGACGAGUGGGCUCGACGGCAGGCCGAGGAGGAUAGGAAGCGGAGGUUGCCUUUGCCCUCAGUUUCUGAGACGAUAUCAGUGGUUCAGGUGACGCCUCGAGCGCAUCUUCCAGUGAACACUGUGAUCGUAGAGGGCACUUCUGCUACGGUUUCGAGUGGCAUACCUGAAGAGGCGGAAGAGGUACGGUACAGCGCAGCGCAGACCAUCAUGGUUGCAGAGAGUCCCACUGUGAAAGGCGGUACCUCGGAACAAGGCGCAUCGACGACUUCAACUUCAGCGAGCGCAGCUAGGACCACUUCGCUGAUGCCGCGACAUACUGAAAUGUCAAUUGUCGAUAAUGCGUCGCACAACAGUGGAUCUGGUGAUACCACAAGAGCGCACGGUGCAAAUUAUAAUGAAACACUAUCGGCACAUGCGGGCCGCGAUGACGAGAAUCAUACCGCGGUCGGCAUCGAGCCCGUCGCUAAACAGGUCAAUGACACCAAGGUGGCGCAUAAUGCUACGACUUCAGCGGAAGGAAGUGAGAGGACGGCCUUGUCUACCGACUCACCACACGGCCAGCCGACGUCGGCCGCAGCAUCGAGCAGCACAAGAUCCGCGACCUCCCAUUCCCCAUCUAGUGCACCGCGUCAGAGCAACGUCAAAGCAGACUCGUCAGAGUCCAUCUAUGCAUUCAUCAUCAGGCGGCUCAACGCCCUUGAAGGCAACGCAACGUUGGCCAUGAUGUACGUGGAAGAGCAGAGCCGAGUUAACCGCGGGCUAUUGGGCCAGUUGGAGAAGUCUUGGUCUCACUGGCGGAUUGAUCAAGCUCAGCAACAACGACUUGCCGCAGAAAAGACUAGAAUUGCAACCGAGGAAACUCUAGAUCACAUGCUUUCGAAAAUGGAUCAGCGCGAUCUUCUAUUGACGGAAACUAUUGCUAAAUUGCAGACCCAGUUGAACAGCAUGACGGAAGAAAUUGCUUGGGAGAAGCGGAGGGGUAUCAUCCAACUGGUACUACUUAUAACGGUCAUCGCGCUGUCAGCCUUGUCUCGGUCGGCGACGGUCGAUGUACAUGCCGUCAGACCUUUGAUGAACGCUAGAAACAGCACAUCAGCGGAGCUCGCGCGUGCCAAGGAAGAAUCACGACCAAAAGACGCCGAGAUCGAUCCUCCCAGCCGGGAAGAAGCCAAAUCACCCCUGGCACGAACACGAUCUUUGGGGCAUUCGAAAGGAUCCCCUCGAAGACCGGGGACUCCGAUCAACGGUAUCAAGAAGAAUAGACCCGCCUUGACUCUGAAUGCGAAAACAUACACCGACCGGCUCGAACCUCCACGUACUGCCAUACCAAUGCGCUCCCGACACUUCCUUCCCACCAACGUCACGCCACACCUCAACGGCAAACGUUUGGCUCGUAGCUCUCAUUUGCAUACCAUAGAUGCGGAUCGUGUCCGCCGCAAGAUGCAGAUGGAGUCGACUGACAUCAAUAGUACACCCAGUAAAUCCUUUAGCGGAUCAACAACCCCGUUUAUCGCCACGCCGAGACCAACGAUGUCGGGAAGCCUUUCGACGGAGAAUGCCAUUGUGGACUCGAUUGAUUCGGAGUUUUCCGAGUAUGAGCUGGCAUCUGCAUCGGAAGCCGAAGCCGAGCUAGACGUACAAGGCGGUCUUACGAUCUGAUAGGCACACUCGCAGGCUGUUGUUUGUUUUGACGUGCCAUGUUGUAACCUUUCGGUAAAAGCCAAAAGCAACCCGAUGUGCAAGCCAAAAUCCAAUUUUCUAGAAAAGGCGAA